CUUCAAUGAAAUGCAUCUGACAGUCUAACAAUAGACGAAGGCUUUCAGCACAAGCCAAUGAGAGGACAUUGUGGUCACGUGGUGUGUUAGUAUGUUAGCCUUGAGACUAACGCACUCUAAAAGAGAGCUGCUCCAUCACCGAGAUCGAGAAACAACCCAGGUAAGAGUUUCAAGAUAAAUCAGUAUAUUCAGUACAUUCUCCCAAACCCCUUACUGUGUAUAGGAAUAAUGAGCGAGAUGUAUUUUGGCAAUUUGUGUUGCAUAUGAAAAUGUUUUUCAUGUUAUAGUUAUAGUCAUGUCUGACACAGAAGAUGUGAUGGAUGAUGGGGCUCAGGAGGAAGUGGACGACUCAAAAUCCAAACCAAAGUAUCUAUCAAAUAUCCAAGCACCAAAGAUUCCAGAGGGAGAAAAAGUAGAUUUCGAUGACAUCCAAAAAAAGCGUCAGGAGAAGGAUUUAACAGAACUACAGUCUCUUAUAGAGGCUCAUUUUCUUCAGAGACAGAAAGAUGAAGAGGAACUCAUUGCUUUGGUCAACAGAAUCGAGAAGAGGCGAGCAGAGAGGGCCGAGCAGCAGCGAGUAAGAGCAGAGAGAGAGAAAGAGCGUCAGGCCAGACUCGCCGAAGAGAGAGAGAGGAAGGAGCAGGAAGAGCAGAGAAAGAAGCAUGAUGAGGAUGCCAAGAAGAAGAAAGCUCUCACUAACAUGACCCAUCAGUACGGCGGCGUGCAGCAAAGGGGUGAAGGACGCAAAGGUGCCAAGAAACAGACUGAAAGGGAGAAAAAGAAGAAGAUCCUGGCUGACCGCCGAAAACCACUGAACGUUGAACACCUGAGUGAUGACAAACUCAAGGAUAAAGCUAAUGAGUUGUGGCAGUGGCUGAUGGAGCUGGAAGCAGAAAAAUACGAUCUCAAUGAGAAACUGAAACGCCAGAAAUAUGAUAUAAAUCAGCUCCUUUCCCGCGUCCAGGAUCACCAGAGUGCCAAGGGACGCGGCAAAGGCAAGAUGGGAGGAAGGCUGAGAUAGAUGUUGACAGCAGAUAUGAGAGGAAUUUGUACCCUCGUGCAUUAGUUUUUUUGUUUGUUUGAUGAAGAUAUAUUUUAAAAGUCACUGUUCCGAACAUGCUGUACAUUUUUGCCAUGAAUAAAUGUUAUCACUGACUGUU